AUGCCUCAAGAGUUUGCCAAGGAAGGCCACCACUUUGCAGUGAGCUUCUUGACAUGGCUCAUGGGCAUCGCUGGGCUGAGUGUGGUGAUUCUGAUGGGCUUGGAUGGGAUCCAAAUGCAGGGCAGUCUCAUUCACUACUCCUUCAGCAAAGGGCAUCUCAUCUACUUGGCAGAAACAAGCACACUCCACAACACGUUGCUGCUUCAUGAUGAUGCUGAUACAUUGAUAUUCGGCUUUGAAGCAGGAGACCACACAGAGAAUGUCAGCGUUCGAUUAGAGCACCCGCAACUGGGCAAGGAGGAUGCGGAGAACAUCUCUUCAGUGUCCCAGGUGAUGUCAGACGAACAUGCAGGUUCUCCGAAGACCCUGUCUGGUGAAUACAAGAUCAUUUUGCCUGCUGGUCCCCUCUAUAGUCGCAUUAUAGUGAAAGCUGCAAGCAAGCUACAGAUUGCGCCAACCGAGUACAUCUUCCACCUGAUCCGUGUGGGCGAGGCACUUUCACUCUCAUUGCGUGGGCAGGUGGCAGGGACCAAUGCCACCUUCAGUGAAGAGCGUCGAUGGCUCUUCCAGCAGCGCAACGCAGAAUGGUACGUUCCCGCCAUCGAUCCCAAGAGCCAUUGGACCUUGGGCGCCGAGCUGCAUACGAUUGGCUUUGCGCCCCUCACACGUGAAGGGCAGGGCUUGCAGGGCUCGGAAUCCUCAGAGGGCCCCCUGGGUCUUACCUUCUACGAUCAGGAAUGCCGGUGUGGUGUGGAAGUGGCCGGAUUUGGCACGAACUGCUUGAGAGAACAGCGCGUUGAGUUGCUCAAUUCCACUUCGAUAUGUCUCUACUCCUUCAAAGCCAAGUCUCACAUCCACGUCCAUGAAGGUCAGGGGAGCCUUGUCACCGAUUCAGGUUUAUUGGAGUGGCUGCAGAACGUGAAUGUGAGCGGGAAGUUUGCCAAGCUGCGCGUGUCAUACUCGGAGCGAGACCCCAACCUACAGCCUGGAGAUUGGCAGUUGAUUGCGAAGAAUAAGACCAAGCUUCCAGCACAAACUAGUGCGCAUUUUUCGUUGGAAGUUCGCCGCACGAAGUGCACUUCUCAUGCCUACCACAUGACCAUGGCUUGCAGGUCCGAGAUCUGCAACAUCUUCAACGUCUCCAUGCCCUAUGACUCGCUCAUGAAGGCUACGCAGCUGGUGUUGGCGACCACUCAGGAUGAGACCGAUGCGGAGGAAGAGGCGGUACCUUUGAAGAUCGUGCCUCAUCCACCGCCGAUCACGCUGAGCACAGACAUGGGCCUCCUGCUUCCAGAGUUUCAGGUGGAAAACAAACGCAGUGAGUAUGCAGGGUGCGACCUGAAUCACUUGGACAGAGUAAACGCAUCAGUGGCAGAUGAUCGUUUUCAUGUGCAAGUGGAGGUGGUGAAUCUGGGCAAGGACUGCUCAGGCUUCUUGACCAGACAAAAGCGCUUCCGCGCGGUUCGAACGGACGCGUCGACCACGUCGUGUGACUACUGCGACCACUAUCCGUCCUGGAACGAGUUCUACGACGUCGCGGUGACCUUAUCACCCGAGCAGUGCAUCAAUGAAGCCAUCGAGGCCAAUAACGUGGAGGCAGUUCAUCGCAUCAAUUCCUGGGCUUUUGGAGAUCAAAUUACUAAGAAUUGGGAGAAGGUCAAGAAAACCUGCGGAGUGGUGCAGAGGGCUGCAAGCUUGGGGAGAGUGGAAGUGAUGAAGGAGAAUUCCACGUGGGAUGCCAACUGCAGCGGCUGUGCAUCCACUCCGUUGGGCGACGCAGCUGCCGGAGGCAAGACGCAAGUGGUGCAGCUGUUGUUCGACCAUGGCGUGGAUGCUGGCGCGGAGGACGCCCACAACCGCACGGCCCUGCUUCGUGCAGGCCAACACUGCAACAUAGCAGCUGUGAAGCAGCUGAUCCCACGUGUCGAUGUGAAUCACUUGCUGAAGACGUCCAG